AUGACUUGGCCGGCGUGUAAUUCGACAGAAGAGCACGAAACCAUUAAUGAAAUCGAUCUUUGGGAAGGUGGAAUAACCUUCCACACCCUUUGUGUCAUUCUCUCGGCCAUCUUUUUAGUCAUAUCUUCUGUUCUAGCAGGAAUAAUUAUCUUCGGCCAUGCUAAACACUACAGCAGGCCAUUCGAACAGAGAUAUAUCAUCCGCAUUCUGUUCAUGAUACCCAUUUAUUCUCUCACAUCUUUUCUUUGCAUUUACUUUUAUAAGUGGUCCGUGUACUUCGAGCUUAUUGGCUACUGUUAUGAACCGUUUGCGAUCGCAUCUUUCUUUACUCUGCUUUGCUCAUAUGUUGCACCCGAGCUCCACGACCAGAAGGAGUUUUUCCGCCAUGUUGAGCCCGUGAACUGGGUUUGGCCCAUUCCCUGGCUGCAGAAAUGCACUGGCCGUCAGAAGGGCCCUUGGAGAAAGCCACGAAGUGGACUCACCUGGUUCAAUGUCAUAUGGAUUGGCGUUUUCCAAUAUUGCUUCAUACGCCUAAUAUUGACGAUCAUUGCGGUUGCCGCAGAGUCCAAGAACCUCUACUGCGAAAACUCGGAUAACCCUGCAUUCGCCCAUGUUUGGAUCCUGAUCAUCGAAUCCGUCGCGGUUACUAUUGCGAUGUACUGUUUGAUUCAGUUCUAUAUUCAAAUUAAGAUCGAUAUUGCGCAGCACCGGCCUUUCCUCAAGAUACUCUGUAUAAAACUAGUUAUCUUCCUUUCAUUCUGGCAAUCGACUGUCAUUGACUUCCUGACCUCUUCUGGGGUGAUUAAGUCUUCCGCUAAAGUCGUGCUCCAGGACUGGAACAAUGCUUUACCAUAUCUGCUCAUCUCCAUUGAAAUGGGAUUGUUUGCAAUUUUGCACUUCUGGGGAUUCCCUUGGUGUCCAUAUAUGAUUUUACAAGACAGUGCGAUUGAUCAUGACGCUCACCCCUAUCACGGUGGACGGUUGGGAGUGAAAGCACUGUUUGAUGCGAUGAAUCCAUGGGAUCUUGUCAAAGCAAAUGCGCGUGGCCUUCGCUGGCUAUUUUCUGGCAGAAAGAAGCGGACAGCGGACCCUAGCUAUGAUCUCUCAAAACAUGAGCCUAGCGGCGAGUCUGGGGAAUCACCACUGGUUGCAUAA